ACCUAAACUGUCUCAGCGGUGAAGGAGGAAGGAGUGAGUCGACGACUUGGAGAAUUAAAGAGAUGUUUUAAGUAAUGAGGAGCGCUGAAACAAGGCAGUCACCUUUCACUGAACUGAAAUAAGUUCUAGACAAACCAUGGAGGAACAUUUGCAAGAGGAUUUAGCGAGUCUGUCAGAUUUGGACGAGAAAAGUUUGCUCGAGUCCCUGACCGGCCGUUUCAGCCACAACCACAUUUACACAUAUAUUGGGGACAUCUUGGUUGCAGUGAACCCAUUUAAACAGCUUCCACUGUAUGAAAAGGAGGUGUCUGAGAGGUACAAAUGCCGUGAGAAGAGUUCUCUGCCUCCACAUAUAUUUGCUGUGGCAGACCGAGCGUAUCAGUCCAUGCUGGGCCGCCUCGGCACGGGGCCUAAAAACCAGUGUAUAGUCAUCAGUGGCGAGAGCGGGGCAGGGAAGACGGAGAGCACCAAGCUCCUGCUGAGGCAGCUGAUGGAGCUGUGCCGGGCCAACUCCCAGCUGGAGCAGCAGAUCCUGCAGGUGAACCCUCUUCUGGAAGCAUUUGGAAAUGCCCAGACGGUCAUGAAUGACAACAGUAGCCGGUUUGGGAAAUAUAUUCAACUGCGCUUUCAGAAUUCUUCAGUGAAAGGGGCCAAAAUCAAUGAAUACCUCUUAGAAAAGUCCCGUGUGGUCCACCAGGAUGAGGGUGAGAGAAACUUUCACAUAUUCUACUGCAUGCUGGCUGGCAUUUCUCCCCAAGAUAAGGAGAUGUACGGCCUCCUGGAUCCCACUCAGUACCGGUAUCUAAACGGAAAAUUUGUUCAGGAUGACAUGGUGCAGCACUGGAGUGCAAAGUACAGUGAGGUGUCCAAUGCCAUGGAUAUGGUGGGCUUUGAAGAGCAGGAAAAGGUGGACAUGAUGACCAUCCUUGCUGGGAUCCUGUCUCUGGGGAACAUCACAUUCGAGACAACAGACAGCGAUGCUGUGAAAGUGUCCGAGAAGUCUCAAGGUUGGCUCAAAGCCACUGCUGGUCAGUUUGGGGUUCAGGAGGAGGAACUGCUGAGGUGUCUCACAUGCACAAUGUCAGUGACACGAGGGGAGUCCAUCCACCGCCUCCACAACCAGCAACAAGCUGAAGAUGCCAGAGAUUCAAUCGCUAAAGUGGUCUAUGGCAGAGUGUUUGGAUGGAUCGUUAGCAAAAUCAACGAGCUGCUGUCACAUAAACUGGAUUCAGAUGUUGCACUCAGUGAAAUUGGUAUACUUGACAUCUUUGGGUUUGAGAACUUUGCUGUGAACCGAUUUGAGCAGCUCUGCAUUAAUCUUGCAAAUGAGCAGCUACAGUUUUUCUUUAACCAUCAUAUCUUUCUAAUGGAGCAGAAUGAGUACAAAGAAGAGGGCAUCCAGUGGGAGACCAUUACCUUCAAGGAUAACAAACCAAUACUGGACCUGUUCCUAACGAAGCCUAUCGGGAUCCUGUCCCUGCUGGAUGAGCAGAGUGCCUUCCCUCAGGCCACAGACGGAAACUUUGUGGACAAGCUGAACAGCAAAUUCAAAGCCAAUCCCCACUUUGAGGUGGUCAAGAGUCACAGCCCUCUCUUCACUAUUGUGCACUAUGCUGGAAAGGUGCAAUAUAAUGCCAGUGGCUUCCUGGAGAAGAACAGAGACAACAUUCCAGCCAACAUCCGCGCUCUCUUCAUCAACAGUGUUACUCCCCUCCUCAGUGUCCUCUUUGCUGCCACAAUUUCCAGAACGGGGACACUGAUGCCACGGAAAGCAAAAUUACAAGCUGUGGAUGACAACUUCAACUCAACCAGAAAGCAAUCUGUGGGGGCGCAGUUCAAGCAUUCCCUGGCCGUCCUGAUGGAGAAGAUGUUUGCAGCCAGCCCGCACUUUGUAAGAUGCAUCAAACCCAACAGCAGCAAGCUGCCUGACCAGUUGGACAGUAAGCUGGUUAUGGAUCAGCUGAGGUACAACGGCCUCCUGGAGACCAUCCGCAUAAGAAGAGAAGGCUUCUCCUGGCGGCCAUUCUUUAAAGAGUUUGUGCAGCGGUACAGCAUCCUGCUGCUAAAACCGGAUAUGCCCUUAGACAAAGAAAGCUGCAUAUCCAUCCUCAACACUACAGAACUGCGGGGCUGGAAGUGCGGAUCUUCCCGGUUGUUUUUUAAAUACUGGCACCAGGAGGAGUUGGCUCGUCUGCUGGAGAGGCUGGGCAAGGCAGCUGUCGUCAUUCAGAAGAAUUACCAUGCGAUGAGCUGCAGGAGGAAGUAUCUGGUCCUGCUGGCUGAAGUGAGGAGGCAGCAGCAGGCCCAGCGAGAGAGAGAGAUGGAGGAAGAGAUGAGGAUGAGACGGCAGCUUUUGGAAGAAGAGGAGAGAAAGAGGCAGCUGUUUAUGGAGCAAGAGAACAAGAGACCAGUCUCUCCCCCGGUUCCUCUGCCCAGGAAGAAAAAGCCUGAGCCCAGACCUCGGUCCAUACUCACUGGAAUUGCCCAGUCAUCCCAUUUAGCACCUGUCCCCCGGCCACGCAGCAAGCAGUUUGAGGCAACUCCGUUUGAUAAUGACUUGCAAGUGAACACUGAUCUCAUGAAGCUACUGGGUCAGUCAGGAGAUGAGGAGCGGGCCAAGGAGAAACGGAAGAAGAGGAACAACACCAUCCGCUGGUUCAAGGAGACACAAGUCCGUAAAGUGGCCAGAAAUGGAACUUUCCCUUGCUGGUUCCAUGGCAUGAUCACUCGGAGGCAAGCUGAAGAUCUCUUGAUUGACAAACCUCUUGGCUGCUUUUUAAUUAGAGUUGGCCAAAGUCGAGAAGGAUACACUCUUACGUACAGGGGAGCUGACCGCUGUCGACAUUACAUGAUCGAGAUGCAGAGUAAUGGGAAGUAUGUGAUUCUGGGUGAGGACCGGGCACACUCCUCCCUGCCUGAUCUGGUUCAGUACCACACCCAAGUAGGCAUCGAGCCUUUAAUGGAGCUACUGACCAUACCAUGUGGACAGCAAUGCGACCAUGAGCCAGACUAUGAAGAGCUGAAGGCCAUUGUGGCCCCUGCCAUGUUGAACAGCAGCAGUGUAGACUCUGAGGAGGCCAUCUAUGAGGAGCCAGACCAGGUGCAUCUGAAGCUGCAGAGGCUCUUCCUGCCACCAGGACAGAACCCAGGGCUGGAUGCCAACAAACCACCCGUGCUGAAGCGUGUGACAGACAGACGCAGGCGUCUGGAGGCUGCGGAGCUGGAGCACAAAGCAGAGGAUGAGACUGAGCACAUAGGCAGGCCUGUUCCACGCCUGUAUCCCUCCAUCCGGCUAGCCAUGAGAGAGAUUCAGCAAAUACAACAGCAGUUCUCAGCCGGCCAGGAACAAACCGCCGUGCCUUCCCACAAGCCGUGGGGACCCUGGAGGAAGAAAGAUUCAUAAUGAGAAGGAGAGAUGAGGAAAGACCACAGAUGUUCUUGCUGCUAUUUAUUUGAAAUGUGAAUACCAAAAUUGUACUGGCAAGGCUUAAGUGUGACUUACGUGAUGAAUAGAACUUGAACAAACUUCUCAUCAGGGGAAUUUUAGGCUUUUUAAUGAGUGUGAGUUCGUCUUAGUUUCUUUUAUUAUGUUUCUAAAUAGUUAUUUAAUUUGUAAAUUGUGUUGUAAAUGGGCUGCUUAAUAAAUGUCUGAUUUAAUUUA